AUGGAUUACUUCAGAGCAGGCGGGGCUUCGACCGAGACUGAGGAACAAGAAAGGAGGAGAAAGCGCGACGAGGCGCUGGCGUGGGCCAAAAAGCGUCGGGAGCAGCGCAAGCAGAAGGAGGCUGCAGCUGCAGCUGCUGCCGAAGAUCCAGAUGCAGAAGGAGCUGCUGCACCCCAGAGUCAGGGGUGGGGCAUGGACACCCUCAACCCGUGGGGCUCCAAACGAAAAGGCCCGCUGCCUACCAAGGCCUCCCUCCGAUCCAACGAACCCCAGCCCAAGCUCUUCGGCUUCAUUCCCACCUCCGCGCCGCAGCGAGACGAGGAGAUAGGGUACCAGUACGAAGCGUCGAUGAUGGACAAGGUGCGGUGGAGCCUCAUCGACGCCAAACACAAGGUGACGCCGUCGCGCACGCGGUGCUGCUGCUGCUGCUCGUGCACGCUGUGCAUCGUCGUCGGAGCCGUCAUAGCCGCCAUCGUCCUGGGCGUCUUGGCCAUCGGCUUCAUCAUCAAGCACCCCCAACUCCUCGCCCUCUAG